AUGAGAGCGCUCAGAGCUCUCUGCCCAUGCUUGGGUUCCCAGUCCAGACCUGCGCGUUCUGAGGACGGAGGCAGGGCGACGGGGACCGUCCCCGCGACCAUCACUACCUUUGUGGCCGUCGGGACUUCUCUGCUAAAGCGGCUGCAAGACCAUGAGGGUGACCGAGUGGAGACAUAUCGGGAGCUGGAGAGCGUCUUGCAAGGAGAUGCCGGCUGUUUGACGAGCGGUGUCGUGAACCGCCUGAUAGCAGAGGCGUCCAGGGACAUGCGAGCAGCCCAGGGUGUGACGGGUGACGUGAAGACGGCUGCUAGUGACGUCCUGGUGGCUCUGGCCCGCUCCCACUUCCACUUUGUCAUGUCCGAGCUCCAGAGCCACCUGAAGGCCAUGGGGAAGGUCCCUGAUGAGGUUGUGCUCCUCACCUUGGGCAAAAUGGCCCGCAGCUACGCCCUGCGGUGCAUCCCCUUCGUGGGAAUGACGCUGCUCGCCCUGCGCGCCAUGCUGACGGUGAGGAGCGGCCGGAUCCUGCGUGCCGUCUGCACUGUUCUGGAGCAAUGGUCAAAAGGAGUCAAUACGUACUUCUGCAACCGGGAGCAAUGCCCCUUCCCUCGCAAGGGGGUAGCACAGUUCUGUGAAGCCAUUUACCCGGUCUUCCGCUAUGCAGUGGUAAAUUGGCUGGAGUGCAAGGAGGAAGAGGACAAGCAGGCUGUCCUGGGGGCGGUGGCUGCCAUGAUGGGGGUCCUUCUGCAUGAGGAGCAGCACCGAGAGCAUGCCUGGGAGCAGCUCCUCUGGCUCGUGCACCAGUAUCAGGAGGUCCGAGACACUUCCCGGGUCACCAAGAGUCUCAGCUAUGUCCUGGAGAUGCUGGAGGGUGUUCAGACCCCAAUCCCAAAGGGCAUGGCUCUCGCCAUCAGCACCGCUGUGCACCGCCAGCUCUCUGACGUGACCAAGGAGCCUGGCCCGGCCCAUAAGGCAGUGCUGUCCCACUGCAUGGUGCUGCAGGCACGAAGCUGCCCCGAAGAGGCAGUUGUGUUUCUGCACUGCCAGCUGAGCGGUGGGAGCGAGGCAGGUCGCGUGGCAGCCCUGGGCCUGCUGGGAGCGCUGGCCCACUCUGACGCACCUGCGAUGAGAGAGAAGCUGCCCCAGGUGGUGGAGGCCGUGCGCUCAGUGUGCAACGACCCCAGUGCCCAGGUGCGGAGGGCAGUUCUGGAGUUCAUCAGGGAGCUGCUCAGCUCCGGCUCCCAGAGCUGCUGGGCAUGGGAUGUGGUGGGGCACAUCUUCACGGAGUUCAGCCGGGCCUCGGGCAGACUGGUGGCAGGAGGCCUUUUUGCCUGGGAAACCCAGGAGGAUGGAGCUCUUCGAGCCCUGUGCGUGGACAUCCUGGGCUCGCUGGAUGUCUCUCGGAGGGGGAUGACCAAACUCCUGUGGCCGAGGCUGCUGCAGUAUGUGCUGCCAGCCCAGUACAGUGGCAUGCUGAUCCCGCUCUCCCGCUGUCUCCGAGCCCUGGUUGAGAGACGGGAGAAAGCCGGGUGCAAGGAAGGAGAGGAGGAGCCUGAUGCCAUGGACUCCCAGAAGCAAGCCUGCCUGCCGGCUCCCCAGGCCCUGUUGGCUCGACUGCUGGUGGUGGCGGCGGCUCCUUACACGAGUGGCGAACGCGCAGUCGCUGCCUUGCAGCUGCUGCAGGCCCUCCACGGCAGGGUCCACAGAGCUUUGGGGGCAGCAUGGGCGACCGAGGUCCCCCUCCUGCUGCAGUACCUGGAAGGAAAAACUGAGAGCUCCCUGGACUCUGCCGAGUGGGAACACCGUGUACUUAAGUUCCUGCAAGCGUCACUGGAGCCCAUCGAGGACAAGGCCUGGACCCUAGGCCUGAGCCAGGAGCUGAGCCAGCAGCUGGGCAGCUCUGCUGCCGGCUCCUGGGAGAAGUUUUUCCUCUACAAGGCUCUUGGGACGACGCUGGCAGCUUGUCGGGACCUCAGACACGUCCAAGGGCAGGUGCUGAGGUUCCUCCAGGAGACAAACCCUGUGGAGCUGUCGGAGGCCCAGGGAAUGAUUUCUGUUGUGUCCCACGCUGCCGAGAGACACUUCCACCUGGUCUUGGACACGAUGACUAUGUUCUCUGCUGCCUUCACCAGAGGCUGGUUCUAUCAGACUUCCAUGGGAUGGAAGGUACAGCGGCGGCAGAAGACAGAGAGAGACCAGGCCAUUCGCGCUGCUCUCAUGCGCACCUACAGCGGCAUUGCGCUGCAUGCCCCCAAGGAGCAGCUGCUGACCCGUGUGGAUAAAGAAAUCAUGGGCAACAUCCUGCGGCUCUCCAGAGCCAAACAGAGGGACUUGCACCUCAAGCUCGCCCUGGUGCAGAGCAUCACCGAGGUCAGCUGUGCCAUCCAGGCUGUGGGCGACUGCGGCAGCUUUGAGCUCUCCUUAAAGCAGGAGGCGACGCGGACCCUGCUGGACUGGAUAAAGGGGGAGCCCUGGGACUCCCUGGUGUAUGGAGUGUUUCACGCCCUGGAGAAGUUGAGCAAGCUGAGGCCACCUCUGAGCAGGGAGGAAAACCGCAAGCUGCUGGCAGUGUGCUGCCAGAGUGUCUUGUCCUAUCCUUCCGAGGAGCGGAUGAAAAAGGGAAGGAAGACAGUGAGGGCAGCUGUGAACAUGCAGCUUCUGCACAGAAGAGGCAUGGAAGAUCUGGGCCAGCUCACAGAAAGCCUUCUGGAGGCAGAGGCGACCUGCUUUGACGACGUGGUCCACGUCCUGAAGGGCUGGCUCACCUCAGCCAAAGAAUGGGAGCGGGAGAGAGCCCUGCGGGUUUGCGCCCAUGUGCUGGGCGCUUGCAAGGAGCGAUUUGAGCUCACGAGAGGAUGUCCUUGCAAGCAGUUUGGCUUCCUGGUGGGACUGCUGGGGUCUCUGACCAGCGACUGCCUGGCCACGUCCCAGCAGAGGGCAUGGCUCUGCCUUGGCUACCUUCUCCAAAUGCAAGCCAAGACCAUGAAGGUGGUGCCUCAGGCACAUGAGAUCAGGUGCCUUUGUGAGGAGCUGAACAGCCCAGACACCGAGACUCUGCUGGAGACAGGCACCAAAAUAGCAAAGAGCGAGCUGUCCAGGACAGCUGUUGUGAGCAAGUAG